GAAAUAUAUAACGCAGAAGGUCUGAACCAGUUCAUUUUGAUCAUCACAAAAAUAUACAUCACCAUUUUUAGCUCUUUGUAAUCUUUUUGUUCGAACUCUGUAAACACUGGAAUUCCAGUGGAUUGUUUUUCGGCUUCCGACCCUCAUGGUUUUUCCAGAUUUAGAAACAUUAUAUAUGUACCGGAUCGUGACGUCGAAGCACAAGUGAAGAAAGCCGGUGAAACCGACUUUCAUAAACAAUAACGUGUGGAGGAGUUUCGAAAACCUUGGGAAGGGUGAAGAGUCAUCGACACAUAACUCGUAAUGGUUGUUCUAUCUGAACUUCCAAAAGAAUCUUCGUCUUCUUCAUCAACUCCUGGCCAUAGUUCAUCAACAUGUGGUCCUAGUUCAUCAACUCAUGGUCAUAGAUAUGAUGUAUUUUUAAGUUUUAGAGGUGUUGACACUCGUCUUAGUUUUACUAAUUAUCUUUAUGAGGCCCUUAUAGAUGCCAAUAUCAAUACCUUCUUGGAUGAUGAAGAGAUUGAAACAGGGGAAGAUCUGAAACCAGAAUUAGAGAGCGCAAUUAAGGCAUCUCGGGCUUCUAUUAUCGUAUUGUCUAAGAAUUACGCUUCUUCAACAUGGUGCCUCGAUGAAUUGGUGAUGAUCCUUGAGCAGCGUAUGACAUCCGACCAUAUUGUCAUCCCCAUCUUUUAUCAUGUGGAGCCCACCCAUGUUAGGAAGCAACAAAGUAGCUUUGGAGAUGCCAUGGCUAAACAUAAACAAACGAUGAAGGCAGAGACAAAUCCAAUUAAAAUAAAUCAAUGGGCUAAAAAGAUGGACCGAUGGAGUAAGGCACUUGUAGAAGUUGCUAAUUUAAAAGGAAAUGAUGUAAAAGGAAGGUUUGAGAGUGAUUUAAUUGAAGAAAUUGUAAAAGACAUCUACCGUAGAUUACGUAUAUCCUUAGGAAGUGUUCGGUCAUUUCUUAUUGGGAUGGAAUAUCAUAUUAACUUUGUGACUUCAUGGUUGAAAGAUGGAUCCUCACAUACGGCAGACAUACUUACUAUUUAUGGUAUAGGCGGGAUCGGGAAGACAUCUUUAGCCAAACAUGUCUAUGGGCUAUAUUCUCGUGAAUUCCACACAAGUAGCUUUAUUGAAGAUAUCACAAGGAAAUGUGAUGGACAGUUUAAUGGGUUGCUUGAUUUACAAGAACAACUCUGCAAUGACAUUUCAAAAACAAGUUCAAUUAAAGUUCAUGAUGUUUCGAUAUACACCACAAAGAUAGAGAAUGCACUGGCCCGUAAAAAGGUGUUUGUAGUUCUUGAUGACAUCAGUACUCUUGUUCAGUUGGAUGCAUUACUUGGAAGCAAAGGUUUUCAUCCCGGAAGCAAAGUUAUAAUAACCACAAAGGACAAAUGGUUGACAGAGAGUUGUGAACUAUUCAAAAGAAACAUUAAACCCAAACAUGUAAAAGACUUCCUUGAAGGCUUACAUGAGAUUAAAUCACGACAACUUUUGUGUUCCCAUGCGUUCAUGUGUAACCAUCCCAAGGCAGGUUAUGAAGAGGUGACAGAUAAGCUUAUGAAGUAUUGUCAAGGACAUCCAUUGGCUCUUGAAGUUUUGGGCAAGUCUCUGCAUAAUCGGGAUGUGGCUUACUGGGAAGGGUGCAUGGAAGGGCUAAAGAAAAGAAAUUAGUUCCCCUAUAAAUAAUGUCUUGAGAAUGAGCUUCGACACUUUGCCAUCAAACAACGAUAAGGAGUUGUUUAAGCAUAUUGCUUGUUUUUUUGUUGGAACGGAUAAAGAUGUUAGCGAAACAAUAUUACAGGCAUGUGAUAUAAACACAAGAUCCGGAAUCACGAAUCUCAUUGAUAGAUGUCUUCUUAGUAUCGGACGGAAUAAUGAAUUGAAGAUGCAUCAGUUGGUUCAAGAGAUGGGAAGAUUUGAAGUGCAUCAAGAAUCACUUGACAAGCCAUGGAAGCGAAGUCGAUUAUGGUGUCAUAAGGAGUCAUUCAGAGUGUUGAAACAAAAAAAGGGUAAGGGAAAUCUUCUAGGCCUUGCCCUUGACAUGCGCAUGCUUGAGAAAGAGAAGUUGGGAGCAUCAUUUGAGCUGAAAACAGAUGCAUUGAUAAUCCACAACGACUUGAGAAGAGGCAAAAGCUGGAUGGAUCGUGCUUAAAAGAGAAAAGAUUGUUUGGUUCACUAAAGAUUCUUAAUUUAAGUUUCUGCAAACAACUUCAUAGUGUUUGUGACUUUGAUCAACUGCCUGUGCUUGAGAGGUUAAUACUUAGAAACUGCAUUGGUUUGCUUGAUAUUUGUGAAUCAAUUGGGCAAUGUGUUGAACUUGUCCUCAUUGAUCUGAGCUACUGCAAGAAGCUUGAAAAACUUCCAAGAAAUAUAGGGAAGUUAAAGAAGGUUAAAACAGUGUUGCUAGAUGGUUGUAAUCUUGAUGAAUCUCGAAUCAAGAAUAUGGAUAUGGAUUCACUGGAAAUAUUCACGGUUAACAACAUUCACAUAAACAAAAGAACCUCUUUCUCUUCCUUUGUGGGUGCCAUACCACGUGAUUUGAAGUCCUUUGCAAUGUCUUUACCAAGGUCUUUAGUAAGGUUGUCACUUGCAAAUAAUAAAUUGUCCCAUGAAUCCUUUCCCACAGACUUUAGUUGCCUAUCCAUGUUAAGGCAUUUAUAUUUAGAUGGUAAUCCUAUCAUUUCCAUGCCCAGUUGUGUGAGAACCCUUCCUAGACUUGAGAUACUUAGCAUGGAGAAUUGUAAAAAAUUGAAGUCAGUCGAGUAUCCUCCACGUACACUAAGAGAGUUGUCUAUUAAUCCUUUUGAUGUGCAUUAUGUAAAAAAAGUUGUAUUUGAUCCAGAAAUGUGCCCACUCAAGCUAUCCGUAAACUGGUUAAAUUACUUAUCUUCGGUAGAUUGCACACGUGGGUCGUACGAAAUUGAAGGUGUGGUCAAAAUCGAACCAAUGGUGAGUGUUGAGGAAAAAGUAUUACAUCGCUUGGGCUGGACUAAUUUAGACUUCUUUAAUGAAAGGCGCGUGGGAACUAAUUCUUCUGAAUCUAAAAUCGAGAUGAUGAUUUAUGAAUUUGGAAUAUUCAGCACAUUGUAUGAGGCGGAGGAGAUGCCGAGUUGGUUUAGGCAUAGAAGUGUGGGACCAUCAAUAUCAUUUACCAUCCCAUCAUCAUCAUCAUCAUCAUCAUCAUCAUCAUCAUCAUCUCCAAACAACCUUACAGGACUCAACUUCUGCUCUCUGCAAACAUCAGAACCUUCUGCUGAGUGUUUUUAUUUAUCAUAUGGUCAGUUCCCCAUUACGCCAAUGAUGACAAUUAGUAAUAUAACAAAAAACCGUAGGUGGAUAUACGAACGUUACAGGGAUAAAUUUAGUGAAGGUCUAAAGUGUUGGGUGAUGUUAAGUCAUUGGAUGUUUGGAAUGAAUGAAAUGGAGGCUGGUGACCAUAUUACUAUUACUGUUACAGAACCAUAUGGUGAAGUUAUAAAGGAGUGUGGGGUGAGUCUUGUGUAUGAUGAAGGAGAGAAGAUGGAUGAAGAAGAAGAUGCAUUGGGUUAUUACAAGUCAUGGAAUCACAUAAUUGGUGGAGAUCUCUCUCCUUUUCAAACAAAAACAGGAGAAUACCUCCUAAACAAUACACGUUUUUUUGAGACUGGCAUUGAAUUGUAUCCAUAUCAUCGUAAAUUCAUUAUGGAAGGCCCCAACUUUCAAGAACAAAAGGAAAAGUAUUGGUUCAGAGCUUUUUCUCAAAGAAAUUCUAGCACAAUUGGCAGCGCACGUGAGGGUAAGGGGGAAUCUUCUAGGUCUCGUCCUUGACAUGAAAAUUCUUGAGAAAGAUGGUUGUCUGAAUUCAAAAUAGAUGCAUUUAAUAAGAUGGGUAACCUAAUGCUACUUUAAAUCAAUAGCACGAAACUCAAUAAGUUAUAUCCUAAUUUUUUCCAGAAGAAUUAAGAUGGGUUGCUUAUUGUCACCCUAGUAACGAUUUAUCUUUUUGUUUUUUGUUUUGAUAGUUGUAUGCUUGAUUGCCAAAAACAGGGGAAAACAAUAUGAAUGGUUUUUGAGUUAAUUAAUACACAUGUAAUGAAUAUGAUGUAAGUCGUAAUGUUGUUUUUAUUACUUUAUAUAUUUGUUAAUUUUUGUUAUUUGGUUCAUGUGAUUGAGAGAAAAGAGUGUAAUAUAAUGUCUUAAUGUUUUAAUGCUUUACCC